AUGGAUUCAUCAAUAAGAGCUUUCUUUUUGGUAAUGUGUUUGGUUUUUCUAAGUUGUUUCUCUGUAUUGGCUACUAAUGUUUCUUAUGAUGGAAGAGCAAUCAAAAUCAAUGGGCAGAGAAAGGUUUUCUUGUCUGGGUCAAUUCACUACCCUCUUAGCACUCAAGAGAUGUGGCCAGAUUUGAUUAGAAAAGGAAAAGAAGGUGGCCUUGAUUCCAUUGAGACCUAUGUCUUUUGGAACAUUCAUGAGCCUAUACGUCGCCAGUAUGAUUUCAUAGGUAACAAAGACCUUAUUCGAUUCCUCAAAACAGUCCAAGAUGCUGGACUUUAUGCUAUUCUUCGAAUUGGGCCUUAUGUUUGAUUUCCUAUGUGGUUGCAUAACAUGCCGGGAGUUGAAUUGAGGACAAUGAAUACUGUGUAUCAGAAUGAGAUGCAAAACUUCACCACCGUGAUAGUGGAUAUGAUUGAGAAUGAAUAUGGAAACAUUAUGUCAAGUUAUGGAGAUGCUGGAAAACAA